GUGAAAUAUUGGAAAAAUGACGCUAUUAUUGAAGAAAUGUGCGAAACAUUCGAAAUUUCUUUAAUGAAUGAAGAAGAAAGUGAUAGCGAGCAUGAUAGCCACCCUUUCAACGGAAAAUGAGGAUGACAAUAUUUAAAGAAAACUAAGCUACAAGAUCAGUCUGUUGUUGGUCUAUAAGCUCUGCGUGUUUUAAUAAAUAACUCAGCAAAUCUAUGAUCUAUUAGGUUAAACCGAACUUCUGCUUUUCCAUAAUGGCUCAGCUCUUAGAUUCUUGGGACUAUGUGGUUCUUGCAUCGACUUUGGCUGUGUCCGCUUGCAUAGGAAUAUAUUUCCGUUUCACUGGCGAUCGACAGAAGAGUCUGGAACAAUUUUUAUUAGGUGGAAGAAACAUGUCAAUACUACCUGUUGCUAUAAGUCUCCUAGCAACUUUCUUAUCAGCAAUAGCUAUUCUUGGAGUACCAGCUGAGAUUUACUUAUACGGAUUACAAUUAUCUGCAAUGUUAUUAGGACUUCCAUUAGGAUACUUCUUGUGUGCAUUCGGGUGUUUGCCUAUAUAUUUUGAUUUAAAAGUAUCUACGUCAUAUGAAUAUUUGGAAAUAAGAUUUGGGAAAACCAUACGAAAUAUCGCUGCUUUUCUCUACAUCAUUCGAUCGAUCUUUUACACUGCACUAGCAUUAUACACACCAUCACUUGCACUAAACGCUGUUACCGGCAUAUCGACUUGGAUUUCCGUACUAACUCUCACAGCAGUUUGUUCAUUUUACUGCUCUUUGGGAGGUCUGAAAGCUGUAGUGUGGACAGAUGUCUUUCAGACUAUUCUUAUGUUUAUUCCGUUGGUAGCAAUUAUUGCUUCAGGAAUCCUGGCCAUCGGAUUUAGAAAACUAUUGGAAAUUAAUACAGCAGGAGGGAGAAUGAUAUUUUUCAACAUGUCUUUUGAUUUGACGGAAAGAUAUACUUUCAGCAACUGUGUAUUGUUAGGUGCGUACAUUAUGAUUGAAUUCAGUACAACAAAACAAGCACAAGUUCAGAGAUUAUUGAGCGUAGGAAAUUUCAAGAAGGCCCAAUGGGCUCUAUUUUGGGGAAUGGUGUUAGUUGGCAUCUUCAAGAUAUUUCUUUUUUUCACCGGAAUGAUUUUAUAUGGUAUAUUUCAUGACUGCGAUCCAGUUCAAAAUCCUGAGGUCCAACUUGGUUCAGCCGAUCAAAUUUUACCAUAUACUAUCCUCAAGAUGUUUGGCGGUAUUCUUUUCUUGCCUGGCCUCUGCAUUUCCGGUAUUUUCAGCGGAGCCCUCAGUUCCGUUUCUUCUGCUCUGAACACCAUGGCGGUUGUGACAGUGGAAGAUUUUAUGAAACCGUACUGCAAAUGCUCACAAUUUACUUCCAAAUGGAUGAAUAUCAUUGCUAAACUUUUGGCUAUUGCAUUUGGAUGUCUCAGCAUACUUCUCAUCGUUUUCGUCUCCCAAUUUCGAGGAAUUUUUGAAGCGGCUUAUGUUAUAAACGGUAUUUAUGAUGGAGCAUUCAUUGGUAUUUAUUUGCUAGCAAUGUUUACAACAACAGAUCCCAUAUCUGUGCACAAUGCGUUAUCCUGUGCAUCGCAUGCUGCUAUAUCAGAUGACUACUUAUUGUAUCAGUUUUACUCAGGAGCAGUUUUAGGUUUUAUAGUUGGGUUUGCGUUUAACUGCUGGAUAGGUUUCGGAAACUACAUGUCCGAGCAUAAAAUCGUGACUUUACCAAGAAGUAUUUCGGGAUGUGCGUCUUCAGCAACUGAAUCAGCAUAUUCUUGGCAGUUUUACCAAAAUUUUACCGAAGCGCCCUAUUUUGAUACAAAAUACCAGAACAUAACAAUUCCUGAUGAUGUGGAGAGCAGGUAUACAUUUCCAUUGUACAAAUUAUCCUCAGUAUGGAUGAUGUCAUGUGGCAUGGCAGUUUCUUUUAUCGUUGGAUACAUAUCAAGUUUACUGCUGGGACACUGGAAAGAAUAUCCUAGUAUUAACCCGAAGUGUUUAAGUCCAUUUCUGAGAAGACUUUAUUUUACAUCUAGUGACAUUGCCAAAGCUGAACAAACAACACAUGAGGUUGAAAUCAAGCAAAAGCAGAUGAUGGCUGAUCUUUCUCCUAAAAUUCAUAAUUUCACACAACUUUGAUAGAGUUGACAGAGAAUUCACAUAAUUAUUAUGUGAAUUUCAAUAUACACCAACUGAAAAAAAUUAAAAGCAGCGCCUCAUGUGUAGAACUACUCUUAUAUGGAUGUAAAGUGUUCGGAAUAUAAGAUCUACAGAAGAGAAGAUUUGAAAUAUUUCCUUUUCGUUUGAUUAUGGGUUCCUGCUUCGAGGAAUGGACACUUAUGUUUAUCAAAGUGAAUAACACUUUGCUGAAAUAAUAAGAAUAAGCAUAUACUUAUUUAUUAUAUAAGACAAUAUUAUAUUAUUUACUUAUUUAUUUAAAUUAAUUCUGUUAAGAUUUGUGUGAUUUGAGGGUAAUCAUAUUUGAAGAUGAAACAAAGAAACCGAGAGACUUGUUCCCAAACAGAAAAAUUUUGUUCAACAAAAAUAUAUUUAUAUGUUUUUUUUACUAUUUUUACAUUUUGUAUGCUGAACAAAAUAUGAAAUAAAUGCAUUAUUAU